AAACGCGCACACUUUGACAGCCUAAAUCAAGUAAUUACUUGCCUUGUCUUCUAAGUAUGAUCAGAAUGAUAAACAAUGAGGUUUGAUCGCCUUCGAUUCGCUCGAAUCGUUCUGCGGAGAUAAAUGAAAUUGCUAUCUGUUCGGUUUUGCCUGGUGUGUUGGCCAACAGAACAAACUCCUGCGAUCGAGGCACUCAUCCGCGAUUUUGCGGUCGAAUAACACGAUGAAGGUUCUUUGCGUUGAGUAAACAAUUGCCUUUCAAACACCAGUUCAAUAUUUACAAGACGAAGAAGUGAACACUUAGUUUGUUUCCCGACGGGAGCCGCAGAUUGACGAUGUUACAAAGGAUGGUCAUAGAAUUAAUUUAACCCCUUCGUGUUUGGUCAUUGUGAAUUUGGCAUAUCUGUUGGCUUCCAGCAGAGCUGUUGGAGUAGAGUAAAAAUUCAUCUCAGAUGAUGUGAAGGAAUGCGUCUUCGUAUGAUUCUACAGAGCAAAUACGGAGAAAAGCGCAAAAUCAGAGCUGUAUCUUUCGUCCAGUUGCUGAAACUCAACGGAAACGUAAACAUUGCAUGCAUUCUGUUUAUUACGAGCUAGUUGUGGUCCACUUCACUACAGCUUGUCACGAAGACAGUGAGCCCUUUCGAGCUCUCGUCGUUAUAUUUUCUUUCCAAGCUGUUCACUAAACUAGACUUCCGCUCUGAGAGUAUUGAUCAUUUAAAUAACAAAAAAUUGCCUUUAAAAUUGGAGCUGAUGCGUCGGCGGAGCUUAUAAGCUGAGUGGAUGUCUAUUGCGCGAUAGACAUGAGGUUCACAUGUUUUAAAUGGUUUACCACUUUUACUUAUGCGCUUCAGCUGGUCACAGCAAGACCUAGAACAUCACGAGAGGCCGGAUCGUUACCAAUUGCUUGUCAGAGCAUAGAGCUACUUAUCGACGAUGAAGGAACCAUAACAAGUCCAAAUUUUCGGGGACCAUAUCCAGCCAACUCUUCCUGCACAUGGAUUAUAACGCCCCCGGAAAAAGCGAAUGUUUCUUUACGGUUUUCAUCGUUUAACAUCCAAUCAAGUUCCAAGCAGUGUGGAGGGAUUAAAUGCAAUUGUGACUUUGUCCAAAUAAGCGAACUUGGCUCUGCGUCUAGUAAUGCAGGAUUCAACACGAAAUAUUGUGACGGUAAUCGCCCUCCGGACAAGAUUCUUUAUUUGAUGUCUGGGGUCAGAAUUCGAUUCGUUUCUGACUCAACUGGCGAAGAGACUGGGUUCGAACUUCAUUAUAAAACCCUUCAUACACCAGCACCUGCUCCAACGAUGGGCGUAUCUGGAGCAUCUGUUAAUCAAACCGUUGUCACGACAACAUCUGGCUCGUCUUCAAAUCUAAACGUGUCGAGUUUCAGUAUUCCUUUGCCCACAUUUACAAGCAAAGCGCCGAUAAACUCUUCAUCGGAAAUUGUUUUGCAAGUUACACCAGAAACACGAAUACCGACAGAACUCACUGGUGUUCAGACUCCGUUACCCAGAAGAACAUUGCCAGUCAGUUCAGCUGGAGCGGGGAGUGCUUGGACAACACCGGUUCAUACCGUUUUGGCUAAGGAACAGAAGGUAGUCGAAGAGAAAGUCCCAGACAUUAUAGUCCUUGGACCAUCUGUACCUGUUGUGAUGAUAUUUGUCAUUGUUGUCGCUGGUAUUGCUUGGUGGAAUUACAAGUUUAACUCGGAAGAGCACAACAGGUAUGAAUCCUACGCAAAGAAAAGUGCAGCCAAAAAGCGGCAGAAGAGAACGAUGCACAACAUUAGUAAAGGUAAUCUCUAUAAUGAGAUGACAAAGACCUGGAAAGGCCAGUCUUCUAACCCUAAUGCAGGAAGACCCAGUCCCAUGGUUGGAGGAUAUAAGAAAAUAUCGUUUGCGGGAAGACUUCUGGAGUUAGCAGAAGGCGUACGAACUCCUAGGCCCUCCCGUCCAUCCUCGUACGCGGAGGAGACUGUGCCUCUGACAAAGCCGUCGACUGGCAAAGGCCCGUACCUGUCACCGGGCGUGGCUACCACUGGAGGUGGUUCGAGACCCAGUUCUCGCCCAGCCUCUCUGUUGCUGAGAGAUGCUUUGGUUAAUAUGUUUGGGGAGGGAAAGGAAAGUGAAAGUCAGACCCAGGGUUCUGGUUCCCCGUCCAAAAGAGCUUCCAAGCGAGUAUCAUUCAUCGAUGAAGAAGCAGGACAUCCGUUGGUUCAGCACGAGACCAUUCCACCCGAACAAAUUGAAGAAAUUCACGACGAACCAGAGGAAGAUGAUGACAAUAGCAAAGAAGAAACAGACGAUACUGUGAAACCUGCAAGGAGAUUACCGAUCCCAGCUAUUCUUGUUAGGCAGCCGAGUGAAGAUACAGACUUUGCAGUGGAUUCGCCUUCUAGAACUUCCAGUUUUCAUAAGGAUGAGGACCCUGUGCUCGUGGAGGAAUCACCGGACUUGCAGGCGGCGAUGCCGGACCAAGGUGCAUACCACGAAAAUGAAGACAGUAGUGGGCCGCGUUGGAACGACUUUGGUGAAAAUUACACGGACUCUUCAUCAGAGGACAUUCCAGAUAGAAGCCUAAUAUUUCCUGAUCUAGAAGACUUUCUUCUAAAUUUAGAUAAGGAUUCAGACUUAGAUGAGCCGCCAUACAGCUGUGCGAGUCACAUAGGAGACAUUUUAAGGAAAAGUUAUGGCGACGAAGGGCUAAGUGGCCUGGGUCCAGAAACCGUGUUGGAUGUUCCAGAAGAGUUCGUCGGGAUGAUGCGCAACCCUUCCAUGUCACAGGAUUCCAUUACAAAAGAAACAGACCUAGUUGAUGACGUGGAUUAGAUGUCUGUUUCAAGGUUCUGAAACCAAACGAGUGGUCUCGGAAUCAAUUUUUCCAUUUAAGAGCACGCUUAGGUCUGGCCUCUGACUUGAAAAGCGCAAGACACCACUUUAUCGUCCAACAGUUGAGUGAAAUCACCACGCGCUAUGGUCUUCCAUUUCGACCUCUUUGAUUCGACAAAGUUGUCAGCUUCGCUAGCGAAUGACGCUUGAGUUUGAAGUCCAUAAAGAUGACAAACUUAAGGGAGCUCUGACUCUUUCUAUUAAUAAUUCGUUUGAGGUAUAACUUAGUUCUUCUAAAGAAAAUCGAGAAAAGGAGCUCGUUUAAAAGUUUGGUGAAUUUUACAUAAAAGAAGGAAACUUUGCUUUCCUCAAGUGUCAAUUAUUCAAUGUUCAAGACGGUGGUAGCUUUUACCAUAUUUUUUAUUACCACGCUGUAUUAUACUGAUGAUAAAAUUUGAAGUAAGAGCUUGACAUUCUGGUGCUACUGUCAAGUAAAAAUGUAUUAAAAGCCAACUGAGAUAUAAUAAAUGAGUCGCGUUAAAUGCACGGGGAGCUUAUUUAAGUCUAAGGAAGACCGUGGAUGGGUGGCUCUUAUUCGAUUGAAGGCGUAAUUUGAUAUGAUUGUUUUUAUUUACCUAUCAUUUUUUAGCCAUAAACUCCGCAU